GUUCUGAGUCAGCGCCAGUCGCUCUCUUGUUAGCGGCAACACUGGAACGCAACCAAGGCAGUGUUUGCAAUACAUCAUCCAAUACACAUUUUUGGGGUUUAUUUACAGGUCCAUUAUUAUCCGGAUAUGAAUUUAGAGUUGCUCGAGUCAUUUGGGCAGAACUAUCCAGAGGAAGCAGAUGGGACCCUGGACUGCAUUAGCAUGGCGCUCACCUGCACCUUCAACCGCUGGGGCACGCUGCUGGCCGUGGGCUGCAACGACGGGAGAAUCGUCAUCUGGGACUUCCUGACGCGGGGCAUCGCCAAAAUCAUCAGCGCUCACAUCCACCCGGUGUGCUCGCUAUGUUGGAGCAGAGACGGCCACAAGCUGGUGAGCGCGUCCACAGACAACAUCGUGUCCCUGUGGGACGUCCUGACGGGGGACUGUGACCAGAGGUUCCGGUUCCCCUCGCCCAUCCUCAAGCUGCAGUACCACCCUCGGGACCUAGACAAGGUGCUGGUGUGCCCCAUGAAGUCGGCCCCGGUGCUGCUCACGCUGUCCGACUCCAAGCACGUGGUCCUGCCCGUGGACGACGACUCGGACCUGAACGUGGUGGCGGCCUUCGACCGGCGGGGGGAGUUCAUCUACACCGGCAACGCCAAGGGAAAGAUCCUGGUGUUGAACACAGACACUCAGGACCUGGUAGCAUCCUUUAGGGUGACCACAGGCACUAGCAACACCACGGCCAUCAAGUCCAUCGAGUUAGCACGCAAGGGCAGCUGUUUCCUCAUCAACACAGCCGACCGCAUCAUCCGCGUGUACGACGGCAGGGAGGUCCUGACCUGUGGCAGAGACGGGGAACCAGAGCCCCUGCAGAAACUACAGGACCUGGUCAACAGAACCCCCUGGAAGCGAUGCUGCUUCUCUGGGGAUGGGGAGUACAUCGUAGCGGGCUCGGCCAGGCAGCAUGCCCUCUACAUCUGGGAGAAGAGCAUCGGGAACCUGGUGAAGAUCCUGCACGGCACCAGAGGAGAACUGCUGCUGGACGUGGCGUGGCACCCGGUGCGUCCCAUCAUCGCCUCCAUCUCCAGCGGAGUGGUGUCCAUCUGGGCCCAGAACCAAGUGGAAAACUGGAGUGCUUUUGCCCCGGACUUUAAAGAGCUGGACGAGAAUGUGGAGUACGAGGAGAGAGAGUCUGAGUUUGACAUAGAAGACGAGGACAAGAGUGAACCAGAACAGACAGGCGCGGAUGCGGCCGAGGAUGAGGAGGUAGAUGUGACCUCUGUCGACCCCAUCAUAGCCUUCUGCAGCAGUGACGAGGAGCUGGAGGACUACAAGGCCCUGCUGUACCUGCCCAUCGCUCCGGAGGUGGAGGACCCCGAGGAGAACCCGUUCGGCCCUCCUCCGGACGGCGCUGGAGGCGCCUCGCAGACGGCCCCCGCCGAGGAGCCCUCAUCUGCGGGGGACGGCAAGAAGCAGCGGCAGCCCUCGUCCGAGGGGGGGCCGGCCAAGAAGAAGGCCCGCACCACCACCAUCGAGCUGCAGGGGGUGCCCAGUGACGAGGUGCACCCCCUGCUGGGCGUGAAGGGCGACAGCAAGUCAAAGAAGAAGACCGCGGGCCGUCCCAAAGGCUCCAAAGGUAAAGAGAAAGACUUCCCCUUCAGGCCCAAACCCCACAGGGGCGAGCGGCCCUACCCCUCGGACGGAGACGCGGGAGGAGGAGGAGGAGGAGGAGGGAUGAAGGGCAGGAUGGAGGGGGGCCUAGCCACAGCUGGAAAUCUGGGUUCCCAGUCGUACAAGCAGCCUGAUCUGCAGGGUCUGGAUUGACGGGGCCCUGGUCCUGGAGAAGAGACGGCAGCCCUCAUCUCUUCUCACCACUAAAGACUGUCCUCAUGAACUCAGAAUGCCCCCCUCCAGGAUGAUGAAAGACAGCCCGGAAUCACUGGACCCUGGGGGGUUCUCCUUCCCCUGACCCUCAAGGAUUGAUGUCACUAUGGUUACCUGGACGUUGAACUCCUCUCCUAUGCGUGUACCUUGAUGUUCAGUUGUACCUGUGUUCUGUGCGGGGUGCGGGAUGUACAGAGCUCUGAAGAUACUCCCUGCCUUUCAUUACUGCGUCACCGUUUCUGUAUAGGUGCUUUAUACUUUUUUAAUACAUUCAUUAAACCAUUUGGAUCUUUGGUGA